UGUGGGCUUUAACAAAACUGAGUAGCUCAGUUUGAUUUUCAUCCUUUAUAAAUUUUAGAAAAACCCUAGCUGUUCUUCGUCUCGCUCCUGGCAGUCGCACAUCUCCUCUGUCUCCGCCGGUUCUCUCUCCGCUGGUAAAGGUAGUUGAUUCGAAAGCCAAUAUGCAGAAUGAGGAAGGAGUUAUCACUGAGCUUUAUAUUCCCAGAAAAUGCUCUGCUACUAACAGGCUGAUAACUUCAAAGGACCAUGCUUCAGUCCAGCUUAACAUUGGACAUCUGGAUGAGAAUGGUGUCUACAGCGGCCAGUUCUCUACCUUUGCUCUUUGCGGUUUUGUCCGUGCCCAGGGAGAUGCUGAUAGUGCACUAGACCGACUCUGGCAGAAGAAGAAAGCCGAAGUUCGACAGUAGUAGAACUUCUCUAGGGUUGGAAUGUUUAAUUAGUAGAAUUUUUAUAUGAUUUUGAACCGUGUUUCUCAUAAAAGUUAACUCGUAAAAGAACUGCCUUUAGUUGGCAAGUCUGUCUUUUUGCCCCACCCUUUCAAUUCCCUGUUGACUAGUAAUCAAACAGUGUUUCUUUGAGGUGAUUGUAUUUAAAUUCUUCAUACAAGGUGACCGUAAUAUUUUCUUUA